UAUUCAAGAUCAUUAUGAAUUCAGUAUGGGUACUGCGAGAUUGUUUUACUGAAGUUAUGUAUGAAAUUUAUGUACCUAAUAUUUCGGUUAAAUAUUGCUCGUUGGAGUAGUAUGAGAGUUGAUUAUAGUCGAAAGUCGAUUGGUUAGAAACAAAAAUAGGUUUAAUUUUUGAUAGAUAGUGAUUUUUUUAAAUUAUUGUCGAAUGCAUAAUUGGCCCCGCUGUUGAUGAAAAUGGUUGGGUUAAACUUCAGAAAUAGUUUAACGAUUUUGUACAUCAGUAUUCAGCUCAGUUAUACUCAACUUCCUAGUAAAACUUUUUGCUGCGAUAGUGGUGAAUAUAUUGAAAGUGAUCAAUACUGCGAUGGCUAUCCACAAUGCCCUGAUGGGAGUGAUGAACCAAGCACUUGCAACUCAACAAGAAGAGUUUGCGGUACUGGAAAGCACCUUUGUCCUACCAGUAAUUCUUGUAUAGAUGCAGAUAUUACCUCUGACGUGUUUAUGGCAAAAUACUGCCCUCCUGAGGGAAAUAACGAGACAAACGAUCCACUUGUUGGUUUCAUGUCAACUUUAGAAGAUAUUUUUACCAGAAAUUCAACGCGGUCAGAAGGAAAAUUCAUCUGUAGCGUUCAAAAAUGCUUAAGUAUACAUUUCCUAUGCGAGGAAUAUUGUCAAUGCGCUGAUUGUUCUGACGAUGAAGUUAAUAUCGAACUUGCUGAGAAUGUAAAUGCUCCUGUUGAAUCAACAAAUUGUGAAUAUGAAGAUAAUUUUAGAUGCGAUGAUAACAAAAGAUGCUUGAAUUUGGAGUACGUGUGCGAUGGCUAUUGUAACUGCUUCGAUUGCUCUGAUGAGUAUGGAAACUGUUCCAAAGUAGACCACCAGAAGAUCUUCGAUUGUCCUCAUUUUUAUUUUCCAACUGCACGUGGCGCUCGUUGUCUAGGACCAAGAUUCAUACAAUUCAGUUAUCUAGAGAACUGUACCAACGAACAUAUUUGUGAUCAGAAGUGCACUCAGUAUAAAAAUAGAGCGAUAUGUUCGUGUUUUGAUGGCUACAUUAAGAUUCCUACUGGUGGAAAUGGUUUCAGGUGUCGAAGUAAUGUAUCAUCGCAAAAUUUAUUGGUUUAUUCGACGACGACGCAGAUAAAAUUAUUAAAUUUGACUACUGGAAAGGACACAAUCAUGCAAAAAUCAACGGAAUGUGCUACUUUGACGGCUGCUCAUGAUUAUAUUUACUACACGACAUAUUCGAAUAGCAACACAAGUAUCUUCAAGCAUUCGUCCUCUACGAAAAAGACUACCGAAAUAAAACUGAACAUUUUAUUAGAUUCUCCCAUCAAUUCGAUUGCUAUUGAUUACAUCACAGAUAAUUUCUAUUUCACUACAAAUACCAGCCUGUUUGUUUGCUCGAAUGAUAUUAGAAAUCGAAUUUGUAUGCAAAUGAAAUGCUGUAAUGUGAAUUAUGUUGCUUUGGCUCCAAGUUAUGGGUGGAUGUUCUACACAAAAGAAAGUUCUCGGCAAGGUGAAUGGUUGGUCAUGAGAUCCAAUAUGGAUGGAUCAGAUGAAGAUGCACUGAUUGAUGGAAGCUUCCGUUUUCCUACUGUCUUGGCGAUUGACGAGUCAAUAAGAAGGGUGUAUUGGUUGGACUCGGAAACUGACAAUAGAAAAUUACUCUCUGCGUCUUUCUAUGGAGGCGAUAAUGAAAUUAGAACAUCAGAAUACCUUGGAAUUGUAGUAUCCAUUGCAGCCCUCGAUAGCAGAAUAUUUUUCACGAAGGCUCGCGAUAAUCAAAUCUAUAUUUUAGAAAACAAGGAAAACUUCACCAAAUCUGUCGAUGAAAAUUCCAAAAUUACAAGAUAUCAUUCGAAUUUCGAUUCUUCUGGAUUACGCAGCCCUAGUUCCAAUUCUGGGGAACGUCUGUUCGAAGGAAAUCUCACGUUCAGUGUACAACAAUUGCACGCAUAUAAUCCUAUCCAACAGGGUAAUCAUAAGAACCCCUGUUUAGAGCUUGAAACCCCAUGCACUGGACUAUGUUUGCUGCGAUCAAUGAACUCGACAACUGGUUUGGGUUAUAGCUGUCUAUGCAGAUCUUCUAAUUCGACGACGAAUCCGUAUUCGUGCUACAGGUCUACUUCUAGCAUUCCGGAAACAUCAUCAGAAGGAUCUACUGCUUCAUCUUUAAUAAAUUCUGGCUUUCUAACCUCCUCUUCUGAUCAAUCUUUGGACCAGAUCAAUGCCACCGAACCAGAACAUUGGAAUGUUAUUCAUCCAGGCUUAUUGGUAUUUUGUGCGAUCAUUUUGGGGGCACUUGUGCUGAGUGGAUACCUUUUAUGCAAAAAAAGGAAGCCGAGUAGUCUCGAGCUCGCUCAGCGCCGAUAUCAUUUCACUGAACGAGUGAAUUCGCAUGACUAUGACAAUUUCCCAGUUACACACAUGUAAAUAUCUAAAUUAACUUAAGUAACGUAUAAGUAUAUAAACUCGAUAUUUGAUCCAAUAAAGUUCACGUUAGAGGUA